GAAAUGAUGACUGUUGGAAAAUGUCAGAUUGCUCUAAAUUUUUACGAUAUGGGUGUUGUGAAAUUUGGAGAGUAUAAACUUAAAUCAGGUGUCAUUUCACCAAUCUAUGUCGAUUUGCGAGUUCUCAUUUCUUCUCCAAAGUUUAUGGAUGAAAUAGCUCAAGCUCUUAUCACUCUAUUACAUGGCGAAGUCAAUAAACCUAUAGAUCUCAUUUGUGGUGUACCGUAUUCGGCUCUUCCCAUAGCAGCAUGUAUCUCCGUUAGAGAAAAUAUCUCAAUGGUGAUGUGCCGAAAGGAAGCUAAAUCUUAUGGAACUAAACAAAUGAUUGAAGGAGUUUGGAAAAAUGGACAAAAUUGUGUGAUUAUCGAAGAUGUUGUAACAUCUGGUAGUAGUGUAUCUUCUGUUGCUAAGCUUCUUCGACAAUCUGGUAUAUGCACUGAACAGGUAAUCAUUAUCAUCGAUCGAGAACAAGGGGGACCUUCUUACUUAGAAAAACAAAAUAUUAAAGUUUCCAGUUUAUUCACGUUAACUGAAUUGCUAAGCAUUUUACAUCAAGAAAAACGUAUCACUACAGCACAAUUUGAUGAAUCUGUCUCAUUUAUUCGUAGUUCUCCGGCACCUGAGAUACCGACUGUAUUACAAUUUCAUUCUUCCCAAUUAGAUCGAUUCAAUCGGAUUAUAAAGUCAAAACAAUCACGUCUAUGCGUGGCUAUUGAUACAUCAGAUCCAUGUGAAUUACUUAAGUUAACGGAUCAGUUAGGCCCAGAAAUAUGUGCUGUUAAAUUACAUCUAGAUAUUUUACUAGCUAUAGAACACCCUGAAAUGGUAAUCAAAGGUCUAUGUGAUUUAUCUUCUAAGCAUGGAUUUUUAAUUGUUGAAGACAGGAAAUUAGCUGAUAUUGGUCAAACAGUUUUAAAUCAACUUUUAUACGGUGUUUAUAAAAUUGCUGAAUGGUGUGAUAUGGUGACAGUACAUUGUUUACCUGGACCUGGUUUAUUUGAAGCUUUUCGGAAGGUGAAUCAGAAAUUAAUUGAAAAUGGUAAAAAUCAUCAGAUAACUGCUUUAGUGGUUACUGAAAUGAGUUGUCAAGGCACAUUGACUACAGAAUCUUAUAUGGGUCAGUGUGUUGAUUUAAUUAAAACAAAUUCUGAUAUUAUUGGUGGUUUUGUUGCUCAACAUCCUAUACCAGGGCUGGAUACUCGGCAGUCAACUAUUUCUUAUUGGGUUCCGGGUAUUAAAUUAGUCAACUCUAAUGAUGAUCUUGGUCAAAGUUAUAAUACUCCAGAACAUGUUCACAAACGAUUCACUAAUUCUGCAUCUUCUCUUGUCAUGAUUGUUGGAAGGGGGAUAACUGAAUCACAGGAUAUUAUUGAAACGGCUAAAAGUUAUCGUAUAGCAUCUAUUCGUCAAUUAGAAUGAUCUUGACUUACUCUAUUACUAUUUUUUUUUAUUGAAAAGAAACGAAAGAUUCACUAUUAAAUCAUUUAUGAUGAUAAUUCUGAUAAUUUUCUACCCUAUAACAGCUAUUCUAAGUUUAUAUGAAGGCUGGAGUCAAUAAAUAACUUUUAUAAUUGCAAAAAUAUUUUCAGUGUGUUUCUAGAAGAAUUUGAGCGCUGAGUCUGAUUUGAUCAUUAUUAAAGUAAAUUUCAAUAUUA